AGCGCUGAGGUGAAACGUCAAAAUAGGCAUCAAAAAAAGUUAUCAAGCGGAUGGCGGUGUUCUUUCUGCAAUUUUUACAACAAAACUAUUGAAACAAAACUUUAAAGUUAACCGUAUUUAUUUCCUUAUAUUGUUGGUGAUUCAGUGCGUUAAAUAACCCUAUCUAGCGAUGGAACUUUCCGUGCCGGAACCGGUAAACUCUCGUGUGUACAUUGGCGGCCUUGGAGAGCAGGCGACCCUCCAGGACAUGGACGAGCUGUUCAAGGACUACGAACCGUACCAGGAUUUGAACCUACUGCGGGGUUAUGGAUUCGUUCAGUUUCCUUCGGAGGAAGGUGCCCGCAAAGCGAUCGAGGGUUUACACGGUACGCUGCACAAUGGCCGCAAACUGACGGUGAAAAUUGCGAACGAUAACCGCGCAAAGAAGGGAUUGCUGCAGCGGACUGGUGGGGGACCGCCGGGUGCACAGGGGACAGUGCCGGGUAGGGAUCGAUCACCAAUCGAUGGGAACCGGUACGCCGAAGGAUACCACCCGCAGAGGAGUAUCUACAGCAAUAUGUACCCCAUGGGAGGCUAUUCGGAUCCGAUGAUGGGCGGUGGAAUGCAAGCACCUCCGGUAAACCAGCCGGAUCGUAACGAUUGCGAGAUUAUCGUCGUGUCCCGGGAUUUGACGACGUACGCCGAAAACAUUGAAGCACGACUAAAGCGCAACGGAUUGUCCGUUGAUCUUCUUUUCCCGAAUGACGACGUUCCGAUUGGGAAAGUACUGUCGAACAUUGCCUCUCGGGGUAGCUACUACGCAAUCCUAAUUACACCGGAAAACAUGGAACGGAACAGCAUCACGGUGAACGUAUUGUACGGAGUUCCGGCGGAACAUCGGAAUAUGCCUUCAGAGGAUGCGUUGAUGUUCAUCUGCAAGGACUUCCAGGACAAAGUGCGCAGCGAUCAGGAAAAGGCAGCACAAUUCAGGUCGUCCAUGGCCGGUGGUCCCGGUAAUCCUCACAUGAUGUACAACAAGCAUUCACUGCGUGAUAAUCACCCGGAGGCGAUUCAGAACAUGCUCAACCUGUUGGCCAACAAUCGACAGUUGACCGUUCUCCAGUACGAGCGGUUGAUCAAAUAUCUAACAGAGCGAAAGGAGAUGCAGAUCAAGUUCGAACUGGGCGAGGACACUGAUUCCAUUUCGGCCAGUAGUCUACUUGCGGCCAAAUCCAAGGCGGAAAGCGAGAAGGAGCUACAGAAAAAGAUUAUGGACAUUUUGAACAAGCCUUCGAUAGUUCCACCGAAGAAAAUGCUUCCCGAACCGGAAAAGGAUUCCCCCCGUCCGGGUGGAUUCUCAUCAUUUGGAAAUAUGACCAUUGCGGCUGCUGCGGCUUCCGGCGGAAGUUCCUCGGCCAGUAAACCGGCACCUUCCGGACCCGCCACUGGCAGCAGCGCCCCGAUUGCCAACGCGGCACCCAAACUCCUGCACGAUCCCAAGGUCCAGAAAGCGCUGGAUUCUCUGCUACUAUCCGGUCUGGGAGGAAGCCUCAAAUUUUGAGAUCCAAUCCACGAUGACGAUGAUGAAGAUGACGAUUGAAGGCAAGGUAAGUCUUUUCUUAAUUGUGAACUAUGAACCCGAUUUGGUUGGUUCGCAACUCAAUCAUUCUCAGCCGGAGGAGGAUCCAGCUGCCUGCGUGUACUGGAGUAAUUGUAGUUUUAAAUGUAUGAAUCCAUAGGUCUUUAAGAUGAUGGAAAAAUAAACUAAAUGAACAAGUAUUGAGAGACAGAA